AUGGUGGUGGCAGGUUAUGUAGAGCGUCUAGAGUGGCAAUUUAAACCACACAGGUACUCCGCCUCUAGCCUUGAAAGCAAAAGUGAGAAGUUUUUACGUCAGUUUAAUAAGACGCAUAUGCAAUACUUGGAUGUCUAUUGUGGAGACGUUUUGCCAACCAGAGAUUAUCAAUCCAAUACGGAGAACAAUACUGCAGACGGUAGAAGACAUAUAACGGAACAGCAAGAAACCGACGUAUGGACAGUAGACGAGAGCGUCGAUCAAGACAACCAUGAAGUUUCAAUCCGUUCGAAAAGACAGGAGCCGGAAGAUCCAGGAGAUGCUGGAAACCAGAUCAACCCUGAGGAGGAGCAGGAACAGCCUCCGCCAGCCCCAGAGGAGCCUCCUCCCGAGCCCCAGCCUCCUCCAGAACCCGAGACUCCUCCCGAGCCCCAGCCUCCUCCAGAACCCGAGACUCCUCCCGAGCCCCAGCCUCCUCCAGAACCCGAGACUCCUCCCGAGCCCCAGCCUCCUUCAGAACCCGAAACUCCUCCCGAGCCCCAGCCUCCUUCAGAACCCGAGACUCCUUCCGAGCCCCAGCCUCCUUCAGAACCCGAGACUCCUCCCAAGCCCCAACCUCCUCCAGAAUCACAGCCUCCUCCAGAGCCCGAAACUCCUACCAGACCCCAACCUCCUCCACAAUCUAAACCUCCACCAAAACCCCAACCACAACAGCCCAAGCCUCAGCCACGGCCUCAACCUCCACCUCGGCGCCAGCGUCCAGCAACACCCCAGAACAUCGAGGAGCCAAGUUCCUCAGACACGUGUGAUUUCGGCACCAGCCCGACUAUUUCGCUGUGUAAGUGGACCAACCUGAAGGUGACACAGCUUCAGUGGCAGGCAUCCAGUGGCCAGAAUGCUUUCUGGUUAGGUGGCCCACAGGAGGAUGUUUCUUAUGGUGACACCCUGGGAGGAUACUCGGUGUUCGAGACUUCCCAGAUACCUGAGCGCAAGAUCGGCCAGCCCGCCUUCGAGUCUGCCAUGCUCAUGUCCCCCACCAGAAACUCCACGGGACCCAAAGGAAUGUGCAUCAAAUUCUGGUACUCGAUGGCUGGGCUUAGCCCAGACCGCCUGCGGGUAUUAUUGCACCCGAUGAUGGGCAACGUGAGCAGCGGGGGCUCUGUGGACGACAUGAUGAGGAACUACGACGGUAGUGGUGACGAGGUGCUGUGGGAGGAGCGAGACAUGACUGCCGGAGACUGGAAGGAAGGACAGAUCGCCUACGCCUACGGCAACACUCACUCGUUGAUCUUCGAGGGCAUCCCGGUGGACACCAGCGACCUCAGUCGUAGGUUCCGGGGCUACAUCGCCCUCGACGAGCUCAGCUUCGCCGACCCCACCCAGUGUAGUGUCUUCUGUAAUUUUGAAGGUGGCACCUGUAGCUGGACACAGGACACAAAUGAUGACUUCGACUGGACUCUGAGCCGCGGGAGUUUGAACCCGUCAACAGGACCACCUCGAGAUCGCUCCUCCUUCGCCAAGGACGAAAUGAUGGGGGGGUACGCCUUCAUCGAUUCCGGCUACCCGCGAAGGCCUGGGGACAGGGCCAGGCUCAUGAGCCCCGAGUUUCAAAAUACCAACCCGGACAGUCCUAUCUGCAUGCGAUUCUGGACCCACAUGUUUGGCAACGGCAUCGGCACCCUGCGCGUUAUCAUCUAUGACGUGAACACCGGCAAGGACAACGUCAUCUGGAAGAUAUCAGGCGAAGCCGGGAACGCUUGGUACCAGGGCCAGGUGCCUAUAUCGUCCUCCUCGCCCUUCAAGAUCGUGUUCGAGGGUGUGGUGGGCAACAACAACCUGGGAGACAUUGCCAUCGACGAGAUCACUAUUAAGCAGGGAGCCUGCCCCAGCGCACCUCAGGUGGCUGCGGCUAAGAGCGGAGACUGUACUUUUGAAGUAGACGAGUGUGGGUGGACGAACCCAGGUCCUCGUGACAGAAUGGAUGAGAUGGACUGGGUGAGGACUGUAGCUGCCGAUAGCCGCGUACCCAUUCGAGACCACUCCAUGGGUACACAGCAAGGGUCAGCUGCCCGCAGUGCCACUGAACAAAGCCACGGUUACUACAUGACGAUGCCGCGCGGCACUGUGCAGAGAGGCGGGGACCGAGCUUGGCUUCUCUCAAGAACCAUAGAAGGUUCUGAUCAACCCAUGUGUAUGAUUUUCUGGUACUUUAUGUAUGAGCCCUUCAUCGAUCCGUCAGGGCCAUCGCUGGGAUCGCUGCUGGUUCACAUGAGGUACGAGAACGCAGAGGGAGAUAUGGUGUUGCAGCCGGUGUGGUCGCUCAAAAACCACCAGGGACCCAACUGGAUGUACGGCCAAGCUAAGCUACAGAACAACAAGGACUUUGUAGUGGCAUUUGAAGGCGUGUGGGGCAGCAGCCGGGGCACUGGUUUCAUUGCUCUCGAUGACAUCACCAUCUUCAGCGGCGACUGUUCUACUAAACCACAGAAGGCGAUAACAAGCGGCGGAGACUGUGACUUUCAGCGUGACGCCUGCCAGUGGAAAAACAUGACCACCGAUUCUGAUUUCCGAUGGACCACCGCCUCCAUCUCCCGACGACCAGCCAACCUCCCCGACCAUACCUUCGGGGGACCCAUUGGGUAUGCCUACUUUGAUGUUUUCAACCAAAACGCUCGGCCGCAGAGUCUAACGUUGCUCUCCCCGCCCAUGGACAAAUCCAAAGACAACUCGCCUAUUUGCUUCACCUUCUGGUACGCUUACUUCGGUGCGAGCGAGAGUACCAAGCUAAAGGUCACCAGAGAACUUUACAAUAAGGAUGCCACUGAGGGCAACAGCACCGGCAGUCCUGUUGAGCUGUGGGUGCUGGAAGCAACGACCAUCGGCACCCAGCGUCCUGAGUGGCAGUACGGACAGGUGGAAGUAGAUGCCUCGGCCGACUACCGGGUCUCAGUUGUAGGCAUGGCAACCAACGGUGGCUUCGCUAUCGAUGACAUCAAGACCUACAAUGGCUCCUGCCGCAUUCGUCCGGUGGCUGCCAACCCAACGACGGCGGCAAACCUCUCUUAGACUCCCAGGGAAGUGAGCCGCCGAAUGUGGUGCUGGAACCUGGCAUUAAAGGAAUCAAACCUUGUACAAACUCAAAUUUCACGAAACCUUUGGUUUCCUCACUUAACGAAACAUGUCUCACCUACUUAAUACCUGAAUGAUUGUAUCAUCAACCUUUAAGUAAUCAAGUUCAAUAUAAUCUCCCAGCUUAUGUGAAGUAUUCUUAAUUUAGUAAAAUUACAGAACGCUGGUAAAUCUAAUCCAAACAGGAAAGACUACUACGUAAGAUGACGUUCGCGAAUCCUGGAAACAACUGAAAAGCUAAAGAGAAAACUUUAUUUAAUUUGCUCAAUUACACACAAGAAAUUAGAUUCACUUGUUAGGUACAAAGAAGUUGAAGGAAAUAUUGCUUAGUCAGCUGAGAAGCAAAAUUUCUUGAUAACUAACCAGAAAGAGAUUGAAAUAUUUGUGAGACAUCUUGACUCUUCUCCGACUCUCUUUUAACUAAAUAAUAGCAAUACUUAUAUAAUACAUUACAUGACAUACAAUUAAUUAUGUAAACAUGUAAUUAUGAUUGUAAUAUACAAUAUUAAAUAUUUCCAUUACUGUUAUUGUUUGGCGUGUAAACUAAAAACAAUAAAUUUGGUUAGUAUUAUAUAAAAUAUAUAUAAUUUACGUACGUAAUGCAAAGAUAAACUGCCACCAAGUUAAAUCACAGUGAAGGUUAGCUCUGCCUAGUUGGCAAAUAUCUUCGACCUAGACCUAUAUAUCAAGUUCCGCUAAUACAGCACGAUUUAUAUAAAUAGAAACUUCGUUAAGCCUUGCUAUAAGGUUUGUAGUAGUCAGUAUUUAAUUUAUAUAUUCUAUACUUAUGCCUUUUUUUCGUAAAUUAUGUAUUAAUUAAAGAAUGGUUACCACUCAAGACUUACUACUUUUAAGUUUAUUCCUAAAUAUACCAAAUAUUAACGAGGUGCACUAGUAGAGUUAGCAGACUUGAUCAUAAUGAUUCAAAGCCUAAUCUUUGUGACAGUAACGUUCUCAGUAAUGAACGACGAUGGUAAGACUUCAUAUUCUUUACACUCAUUUAAUACACACAAUACAAAAGUUAAAAAGCCGUACUGAGGUAGAUUAUAAUUAAUAUUAAUAGCUUCUCAAUUAACGAUGUUGCAACACCUCAACUCGAGCUAUUUACCAAAAUGCUCAGUCAACACCUAAACAAAUCUUAAUACACCCAUUUACAAAACCUGAAGCUAGAGAACUGCACAACAGUGUUGUAUUUAUGAGAGCCGCUGUGUGCUAGAUACAUCAUAUUUUUACAGAGUAGAGAUUACUCGUGAUUGCUUGAUCGAAAUUCCAUGGAAGGUGCAUAAAACACUCCAGGCAUUAUUGUUUUAGCAUUAUAAAAUGCUAGAAAAUCU